AAUGGGAUCCCGCAUCGCUGCCGCGGAGUGCGCGUCGUACGAAAGCAAGUUUCCCGUGAUUUUGCCUAAGGAUCACUACGUCACUCAACUAAUGAUCAACUGGUAUCACAGGAAGUACGGACACGCCAAUAAUGAAACGGUGGUGAACGAGAUUCGGCAGAAGUUUCACAUUUCCGAACUGCGAACAGCCGUCAAGAAAGUGGCAAGUGGCUGCUACUGGUGCAGAGUAUACAAAUCCAAACCACAAGUACCACCAAUGGCUCCUCUGCCUUCUGCUCGUCUCACGCCGUAUGUCAGGGCCUUCACCUUUACGGGACUGGACUAUUUCGGGCCGAUCACUGUUCGCUUUGGACGUGGUGGAGUCAAACGGUGGGUAGCGCUCUUUACCUGCUUAGGAACUCGAGCAGUCCACUUGGAAGUCGCCUACAGUCUGUCUUCUGAAUCCUGCAAGAUGGCAAUACGUAGAUUCAUCGCCCGCCGAGGUGCACCACAGGAAAUUUACUCUGAUCAAGGAACCAACUUCCAAGGGGCUAGCGCAGAGUUAAGGCAGCAGAUCGGUGCCAUAAAUCGGGAUCUAGCAGGGACGUUCACAAACGCAGAAACCCAAUGGAAGCUAAACCCUCCGUACGCUCCACAUAUGGGGGGAAUAUGGGAAAGGCUGGUACGCUCGGUCAAGACAGGUCUAGCGCACAUGGAGUUGCCGAGGAAUCCGGAUGAGGAGACUUUUAUAACGGCUCUUGCGGAGGUGGAAUCUAUAGUGAACUCGCGUCCCUUAACCUAUCUACCGAUCGACAGCGAGGAAUGCGCAGCUUUAACACCGAACCACUUUCUAUUGUUGAGUUCGAGUGGCGUGGUCCAGCCAGCGGUGUGGCCAAUUGAGGAGUGUGCGGUACUGCGAUCAAACUGGAAGCAUGUUCAGGUUAUGCUAGAUAGGUUUUGGAUGCGAUGGAUUCGAGAAUAUCUGCCUGUUAUCUCCCGACAGCCAAAAUGGUUUGGAGAGGCGACACCUAUCAACGUCGGAGAUCUGGUCAUCAUUGUAAACGAGGGCGUUAGGAACAGUUGGAUAAGAGGCAGAAUCACUCGAGUGUAUCCUGGACGUGAUGGAAGAGUUCGCAGCGCGGAUGUACAGACCUCUGCAGGUAUCAUGCAUCGACCGGCGACUAAGCUCGCUGUCCUAGAUGUUACCAGAAAAGGAGGUACAGCUUAAGGGCACUUGAAGCAGUACAGGCGGGAGCAUGUUGGCAACACAGAUGAGCUCGUUCAGUACCACCCUCACAAAGGGAGGUGAAAUGAGUGACGUUUAAAAGGUUUACUCCGGUAGGGCAUAUAUAAAAGAAUUGCUUCAAUAGGACAGCUCAAUUGUUUUAUAAAGAAAACAUAGAAAAUAGAAUAGUGGUGGAGGAAGAAUUUAUUAUUGCUAAAGUAUCUAUUAAAUAAAAUAUUUGCUAGUUAUCCUGGAUAUCGUGAUUACGUGAAUUUAUUCAUAAACACAAAUUGGAACAAACACCUAUUGUUACAACACGACGGAUCAAUUAAAGUAAAGGACAAAUCAAUGUAAGAUAACCUAAAAUUGUAAAACCUAUAAACAAAAAGUAACAAUAAUUAAAUUUACAGCUUAAAGCUUACUCAACACAAAUUACGAGUUUGCUCAUAGGAAUCCGAAACUGAAUCCGCUCCUGU